CACACACUUUCUCCAUGUUUACUUUCAGUUUUCUUUAUCCAAUUUUAGUCUGGUUUUCGCUUCAAUUCAACCCAAUGUAAAAGUGGAACUGCGUCUGUGAAUGAGUGGCUUGGAUUCUGAUUUUUAACGAAAGAGGUUAGGACAAAAAUGGAAGGCAAUAAACAAAUGGUUGAAGAUAACAAUGAUUCUCUAGAUAAACCAGAAGGCAAAAAUAACAGUGUUCUACCAAACUCUACUGACAAAAAUGAAAAUGUCCUAGAAAAUAAACUAGUUAUUGAGUCGUUUAAAGAAGCACCUUCUGUGGAUGAUAGUUGCUUACUGGUAGAUAGUCAGCAAGCUUCACAAGCAACAUGUGUAGUUGUAAGUACCAAUGGAAAUGUAGGUACUAUAGAUACCACAUCAAUCCAGGCUGCUGGUGAAAACAGAGCUGUCAAAGAACAACAACAAGAACACCAAACAAGCAAAAUGACAGUCAGUGACUAUCUUCAAACUGCAAUAACCCCACAUGAUUUGAAAACCCCUAUCCAAAAUGCUGUAGGUGUACAAGAGGAAAAAGAGACCUCCCAAGAUAACAGAGAUGCCAACCAAUAUCCAGAGGUUUCAAAGAUUCAGUUACUACAGCAAACAGUUCAACAGCAAUUGGUUCAACAACAGCACAUUUCAUUGCCAUAUGUUCAGACCCAGCAAGGUAUCACUACAUACAUACCUGUUGAUGGCUCACAAGGUAUUAUACCAGGUGUUAUACCAUACCCUGGACCUCUAGUUGUUGUUGGAAACCCUGGGUCUUUGCAAGCUUACAAGACAGUCCUACCACAGGGAACCCAGCUGAUUACAUCUUCCAAACCUGGUGCUACAAGAAUUAUUCCAGCGACUGCCAGGCCUACGCAGGUAGUUGAUGUUUCUAACUGGCAUGGAAUGUCUACUACAGAUUCCCUAACUAUCAAAACACAAAGCUUUUCGCAAGCAACAGCUUCAAGUCAAGAACCCUCUGGAGUUGUGAAUAUUUUUGUUCAGAGUAACCAUGGUAACAUGCAAGAAACAACACCAAACAACCCAGCAGGUGGACAAGAAAAUAUGAUUAAUGCAGCACUGGUCAGCUCUAGUUUUGCUGGUGAGGAAAUGGACCUACCGAUAGGUAAAACAACACCUGAUGAGCUAUCAGAUUUUGCCCGACAAUUUCGUCAGCGUCGAGUUGCAUUGGGCUUUACACAGGCAGAUGUUGGUAUUGCACUGGGAGAUAUCUCAAAUAAUAACCUCAGUCAGACUACAAUAUGUAGAUUUGAAGCUUUACAACUAAGCAUGAAGAAUAUGUUAAAGCUAAAACCUUUACUUGAAAAAUGGCUUAGGAAAAUUGAAUGUAAGGACAAUGACAAACCUGUAGAUUCAAGUAGUAUUGGAUCUAUACCAAAUCAAAAUGGUUCUUACAAAAAACGUAAACGAAGGACCAUUAUUGAAAAAACUGUCAAAAGUGUGUUGGAGAAUCACUUUGAUCAACAUCCUCGGCCCUCGUCAAGUGAUAUAAUUUCACUUGCUGAAAGCCUUGAACUUGAAAAGGAGGUUGUGAGGGUAUGGUUUUGUAACAGACGACAAAAGGAGCGCAGAGUAAGCUCCUCUUCAGUAGUAUCAAAUGAAGACACUGGAAAUAACAACCAUUUAGUAGAUACCAGCAAUGAACAGUCAUAGUAAAUCCUAACUUUUGGGAUAUAUUGAUAUUAUUCAGGAAAUAGAGGUAUUAUUUAGUUGUAUACAUGGCCGGGGUGGGGGGGACUCUCUUUAAAAGUGGGUAGGGGGGCUCAACAAACCUUUUAGGUUCGAAAGUGAGACCUCGCAUACCUUUUAGGGUCUCCGGUGGACUUCUGGCUGACUCCGUACCUUUUAGGGUCAGAUUUGUUCAUUUUGAAAAAUAUCAAACAUCAUACAAGAAUAUAAUGGUUGGAAAAUUUGUCAUUUUAAAUGUGGUCAUACCUUUUAGGGUCAUUUUCAAAACCAUCCAUCGAGCCCCCCUACCCACUUUUCAAGGGAGUCCCCACCUGGGUAUACAUGUGUUCAUAGUAAUGUGUGCAAGUGUGUCAGUGGUAACUUUGCAUUUUGAAAAAAAUCUGUGCAUUAGGUUGUAGUUGUAUGUGGCAUUAUGUGCACAUUUUUAGAGACAUUUUUAGCUAAAAUAAUAUAUAUAUUGCUUAAUUUAUCAGAAUAUAUUUGUGUUUUGUUUUAAGAAAGAUAUUAAUGGCUUGUGGGAGGGUAAAUUUAAAUAUUAACAAUAAAGUAAGGAUUAUGUGAGCUUCAAGAAGUCAGUCCACAAGCCUAUGAAAUAAAAUCAAGAUGGUUAGUUCUUAUUCACCACAAAACUACCAAGAACUAUAUACAGGCAGAAAAUAUCUCAUAAAGGACAAAGCAGUAGAUUCAGGGCCAUGAGACUUUUUAUUUCAUUAAAGUGUAUAUCAAUGAAAAAAUUUUAUUUUCAAAAUCACUUAUAUGUGAACAGUGUAGUAGCAUGGUUGAAGUAUUUUUGUAUGUGGACCUCUCUUUACAGAGAUAUGAACAUUUGAAAUAUCAAUAUGCAAAUGAGAUGACGUAAAUUCAAGAAUGGGUUACAUUUUGCAGUCUAAUUUACGGCAACGGUGCUGAAGUGAAAUAACCUAAAAGGGUACAAAGCCAUAUAUUUCAGUUAUAAGGACGAUUUGCAAAUGAUUUUACGUCAUCUCAUUUGCAUAUUGAUUUUUCAAAUGUUUAUAUCUC